AUGCUCUCAACCUCCGCCGCCGGAGAGAAUUCAUCGACCAUAGUUCCAGAGCUGACGGGAAGACCUCCGGAUCCUCCUUCACUCACCAAUCAGGAUCCAGGCCCCAUCCAGGCUCUGUCCUCCAAGAACUCACCCAAUCAACCUCAACCAAUGAACUUUAGAGCGGCCUUAACCGGAGCUUCAACGGCAAGCCCAUCCAAAGCGACUCAGUGGACCUUUGUCGGCACCAACGAUCUCGAACCAUCAUCCUUCCAGGGAGAGCCGGCGUUAAAGAUUUCCCCGGCGCUCAAGGAAAGGCUUUGCCAGCCAUGGAAAAAAACAUUGAUUGUCCGCCUUCUGGGUAAAUCAGUUUCUUACUCUUAUCUCUGUUCGCAGCUCAGGUGGAAUUGGCGACCUGUGGGAUCUCUAGAUAUAAUGGAUCUUAACAAUGAUACAUUCCUGGCUACUUUUGGGAACGAUCAAGACUAUCUACGAGCUCUCACGGGAGGGCCAUGGGUGAUCCUUGAUCACUAUCUGAUGGUGCACCAAUGGUCUCCAAACUUUCGCACAUCCGACAAGCCACAUAGAUCUGUGGUGGCUUGGGUUCAGCUGCCGGAGCUUCCGGUACAUUUCUAUCACAGAGAAGUUCUGUUUGCGCUGGGGAAUCUCAUUGGAGGAACAAUCAGGCUAGAUUAUCAUACAGAGCAGCUGGAAAGGGGGAAAUUCGCUAGAUUAGCAGUGGAACUAGAUAUCUCAAAGCCCCUACCUACAAGAAUAUUUCUCGACAACUUCUGGAAGGGAAUUCUAUACGAAAAUCUUCCAACAAUUUGUUAUAGUUGUGGGCGGAUUGGUCACGACGAGGAUGCCUGUCCGCUCAAGAAACAAGAAACCUCUCUGGCUUUGAUAACUCUUUCAAGUGCUGACUCUCCAGUGGCGGAACAAUCCAGCUCGCCGGAGCCUCCGGCGGGCUUCGGACCUUGGAUGCAGGUGACGCGCCGAUCCCGCAAACAGAUUAGGAAAGGCAGAAUUGGGCAAGGGUCAACAGAAGAAACUUCUCAAAUGGCAAGAGCAGAUAGCGGCAAGAUAUCAGUACCAACAAAAGGAAAGCAAGAAUCGAUCAUGAUCAAGGGGAAACAGAAUGCGGGAAGGGUAACGGAGAUGACAAAGGGAAAGGAAAAAUUGGAUCAAAAGCAGGGACAACAAAAGGGGAAAACGAGCAAACAAAAAGGAAAGGGGCUUAUGGGGGAAACUAACGCCAACGGUAAUAAAAAAGAGGGAACAACUCAAGAAUGGAGAGCUGUUACGGGCAAGGCUACAAACCGGAUAAACAGCAUUCAGGCCCAGGGUGCAAACCCAAUGAACAUCUCUGACCCAUCAUCAUCUGACCCAACCAAGACAGAUAUUAUGCAAACUGAGGAAACUCGUACAGACCAAACCCACCAAGAAAUAGGAGAAGUUCCACAACUACUUCAUAUCGUCCAGGCCCAAAAUAAUACCACCAUCACAGUAGUCCAAGUCCCGCCACUGGAGACAGCAGGCAAAGAAAAUCGAGACCCCAAUCUGGAAGGGACAUCGAUCAGACAGCACUACAGCAAACAAAGGCAAAAUCGCAGCCCUAACCAAGAGAAGCAGCGGGUCUUCAAUCUCAGAGGCACCAAGAAACCCCUUCAAAUUCAAAACUCAGUCAAGAAGGAUCUGCAUCAGGCUCUCAGGCACUCACCCUUUCCAUUCACGAUCAAAAUGGUGGAGGAGUGCUUCGCCAAUACAAAAAGUAAAACAGGAGAACCCAUUACGACUCAAACGACGAAGGAGGGCGACAUUGCAAUGACCGAGAAUCUCAACUCAGAGAUUGCAGCAAGUGGCGCGAAUCAAUCGAGCAAUGAAGCUGAAUUUCCCUCGAACUAA